AACACGCGCAUGCGUCGGUGUAGCCGCACAGGCCCACGCGCCCCACAGAAAUUAUCACGGGGGAAAGAGAAACUCGUUAAAAUGCCAUCAAAGCUUGUAGUCUCAACAAACCACGACUAAUGGAUGCAGAAAGAACAACUCCGGGACCCCCAGAGGAGAGCCACAAAGCCGUGGCACGUGUGCAGUUGUAUAGGGGCCCAUCAGACCGUAAAAAGAGGAGGGUCCCGGCGUGUGCCUCUGUCGGGGAGGGGCUGAGCGCACACAUUAAUGUAAUAAACCGCCAGUACAUCUGCUAAGCUAUCUGCACAUCCUCCAACGAAAUCCGCCAAACCCAGUCUGUAAGCCCUCCCACAAUCAAAUCCACUGGGAUCUUGGUUUCAUCCGAUUGGUCGGGGAUGCUGUAACAGGGGGGGCGAGAACAAUAGCAUCAUUCCGGCAUAAAAAGAGUGGAGCUAUGCCUUGGAGACGAAAACAUUUCAGCAACAGAAGGAUCGAUAUACUGGGGAGAUAAAGUCCCAUAAGCUUCUUGUGUUGCCAUAUUUUUAACAAACCUGGAUACUCGAGACUUCACCCACCUCCCCGAAGUGCCUUUCUGCUGUUACUCGCCAAGAUGCCCAAAGGAUUCCUGGUAAAAAGAAACAAGAAAUCUGCACAUGUUUCCUACAGGACUCGGUCAGACGAAGAUGACCUCCAGGAGCCACCCACCCCAGCUGCCUUGCUGUGCCAGGCGGACCCCUCCCCGCCGAUGUCCGUAGCGUCCAGUCCGGACCGAGCCGCAGCAUCGCCGGAUUUCACAGCAGCUGAGGCGCCGGUACCAAGACUGGAGAAGCCGGCACAGUUCGGCAACCCAGAGACGGUGUGCCAAGCCCUCUACAGCCCCACCCGGCCCAUCAGCAAGGAGCACGACAGGGAAUAUUUUGAGCGAAGUUUCAAUCUAGGCUCGCCUAUUUCUGCCGAGUCAUUCCCGACACCUGCCUCCCUUUCCGGUCUGGACCAUCUCAUGUACGCCCCGGUCGACCUUAAAAUCGGCACCAGCAACAGCAGCCGAAGCGGCACCACCAGCAGCCUCCCGGCACCAAGCAACCGGGUCGGUACCAAAAGACCCGCAGCUGACGGCACGGAGCGCAAAUCUAAACCCGCCUCCAAGAAACCCAAAGCCAUUAGAAAACUCAACUUUGAAGAUGAAGUGACGACUUCUCCCGUGCUUGGUCUCAAAAUCAAAGAGGGGCCGGUGGAGAUGAAGCCGAGGGCGCAGUCCUCCGGAGGAAACAAGCCUUUAGGGGAGUUUGUGUGCCAGCUGUGCAAGGAGGCGUAUGCGGAUCCCUUCUCUCUGGCUCAGCACAAGUGCUCACGCAUUGUCAGGGUCGAGUACCGGUGUCCCGAGUGCGAUAAGAUGUUCAGCUGCCCUGCCAACCUUGCCUCCCACCGCCGCUGGCACAAACCCCGGACCACCGGCGUACCGGCGAUGUCACCCGCACAGGGCAUCAAAACUGAAAUGGCCAAAAUACCACCACUAGGUGUCAAGUCAGUCUCCGACGAAGCCAAAGACAUGAGUGACAGAGACACCCCGAGUCCAGGUCUGUCCGAGUCGGGCUCUGAAGAUGGCUCAUAUGACUGCCAGUUCUGCGGGAAGAGGUUUAAGCGACAAGCAUACCUAAGAAAACACAUCAUGGGACACCAGGCCUUGCAAAAGAAAGUGCUGGAGGAGCACGGGUUUCAAACCAGCGACCGCCCGGCAGAGCAGGCUUCGGUAUCCUCCUCCUCCUCCUCCUCCUCCUCCUCCUCAGCAUCAUCACCUCCCUCAGAGGAAGCCUCAAACCAAAGCCCUCUCAAUCUGAGCCCGGUGGACUGCCUGCUGUGCCCGGUGUGCGGGGAGAGCUUCACCAGCAGGGCCGGCCAGGAGAGACACCUGCGCCUCAUGCACUCCUCCCAGAUUUACCCGUGCAAAUACUGCCCCGCCACUCUCUACAGCUCGCCAGGGCUCACCAGGCACAUAAACAAGUGCCACCCCUCGGAGAACAGGCAGGUCAUCCUGCUCCAAAUGCCGGUGCGCCCCGCCUGCUAAAGACAACACAAAACUCGUGCCUUUCCUGGGGUGGGGUGGGAGAAUUAAAAAAAAAAAUAACAAAAGAAGAAACAAAAAAGAGAAAGAAAAAAGUGG